GAGGAAUGAAAUUAAAAACACAGCAGAGAGGCGGCCAUGUGUGAAAUCGGACGCGUCUCAUUGAUCCGCUGCUUGACGAAUGAACGUGCAGGUACUGCGUCACUUCCCGUCGCCUCGGCGGGAACCAAUGAAAUCCUGACAUUUCUUUACGUCCCGCCUGCAGCUGGACUGGCGCGUCUCAGUGARGCAGAAAUAUUUUGAUCAGAAAAGUGGAGAUUGGACCAAUUAGAAAUGAUUUAAACAAUCACGGAAUAACCGACUUGACCCGACAAAGAAAACUGUUGCUUAAGAAUCUCCACAAGUUGGAAUAUGAUGAAAAAGUUGCAUUUUGUUUCUCAUUUCUAAAAAUAAAACUCKUAUAGAUCCAUGACAUCUUUUUUUUAUUGAUCAAUUUGAUAAUGGCUACAAAGGCCACGCUAAGAAAAUAAAAAUUAAAAUCACUACAAUAAUUAAUAUUACAAGAAUUAAGUCAGAGUAAUACGAAAAAAGUCAUAUUACGGUAAAGUAUUAAUAAUACGAGAUAUUACUUUUCUCGUUAUUUUCUUGCUAAAUAAAUUCUUAAUACAAAUUGGAUUUUCCUUGUGAAAUAAAGGUUAAAUAAAAAUGCUAUUUUAUUUUUUUUCUUUGUGGCCCAAAUACUUCGUCGUAUAUACGGUAGYUUACAGACAACCUCCGCCCCCAACAUAAAGAAAAUUUAUUAUUGUGAAAAGGUUAAUUAUAAAGUUAAGUGGAAGAAAAAAGUGUGCAUGGUAGGGAAAAGUUGGCAGGAAGUUUCUGAGCUCUUCAUGCUUCUUUCUGCUGACGGAUUUAUGGAGAUGGUGCUUUUAUUUCCUAGCAGGACUUGGUACCGACUCRCCACUAACGGUACCAGAACCGGGUCCAAUAACUUUGGUAUUCCUGCUUGAUUUUUAAUCUGUGGGACAUAAAACAUAUUUAUUGCUGCAUAAUGGCCAGAUGUGUUUUUAAUAAGCGCUUGGGUGUUUUUUGUUUGUUUGUUUGAUUUUAAGACYCAAAUUACAAAACAAAUGUGAAUUUUGCAUAAUGGGCUCAAUUUAAUCCAUGUUAGAGUCUGGAUUAUAAUCCAGGUCGGAGGUUCUGUCRGGUCCUGGUUUUUCCACCCAUUCGCCUCAUCUCAGACGAAUCAACCCGGUUCGGGGUCUUCUGGGUUCAGCCAGCAAAUGGCGGAGCUGGCUGCACAUUUUCACCUCUGGUGACCGGCAGGCGGUCGGUUCAUACAGCUGCGAGGGAAAUGGCAGCAGAACCGGGCCGCGGUAUCGAUCGUUUGGGUCCUGAACAACCAGAGCCGGCAGGGAUCGAUCCGUUUUAGUCCGGUUCUGAACCAGCACCGACCCACAGCAGCAGCGGGAUAAUUCUAUUUUAURUCGAGGUGAGUUUCAGCCCUGCUAAUGUAAAACAAUGGGAGACUGGAACUUCCUUGGUGGGAUCUUGGAGGAGGUCCAUAUCCACUCCACCAUGGUAGGCAAGAUCUGGCUUACUAUCCUAUUCAUCUUCCGGAUGCUGGUGCUGGGUGUGGCUGCUGAGGAUGUGUGGAACGACGAACAGUCCGACUUCAUCUGCAACACGGAGCAGCCUGGCUGCCGUAACGUCUGCUACGAUCAGGCCUUCCCCAUCUCCCUGAUCCGGUUCUGGGUGCUCCAGGUGAUCUUCGUGUCCUCGCCCUCCCUGGUGUACAUGGGCCAUGCCAUUUACCAGCUGCGUGCUCUGGAGAAGGAGCGACACUGCAAGAAGGUGGCUCUGCGCCGGGAGCUGGAGGCUGUGGAUGCAGAGAUGGUGGAGGUGAAGAGGAGGAUUGAGAAGGAGAUGAGGCAGCUGGAGCAGGGGAAGCUGAACAAAGCCCCCCUGAGGGGUUCGCUGCUGUGCACCUAUGUAGCUCACAUUGUCACUCGCUCAGUGGUGGAGGUCAGCUUCAUGACAGGUCAGUACAUCCUCUACGGACACCGCCUGAACACGCUGUAUAAGUGUGAGAGGGAGCCGUGCCCCAAUGUGGUGGACUGCUUCGUCUCCAGACCCACGGAGAAAACCGUCUUCAUGAUGUUCAUGCAAGCUAUUGCUUGCAUCUCACUGUUCCUCAGCCUACUGGAGAUCAUGCAUCUGGGCUUUAAGAAAAUCAAGAAGGGCAUCUUGAACUACUAUCCUCACCUCAAGGACGACCUGGAUGACUACUACGUUAGCAAGUCCAAAAAGAACUCUGUUGUGCAUCAGGUGUGCGUUGGAACUUCAGUGGGUCGCAAGAGUACGAUUCCCACUGCUCCCAGUGGAUAUACAUUACUGCUGGAGAAGCAGGGCAAUGGACCCAACUACCCCCUCCUCAGUGCUUCCUCUGCCUUCGUCCCAAUUCAAGGGGAUCCCGGUGCAAAGCCAGAGAGCCACAAGGACGUCAAGGAGGGAGUGCCAAGCCCCACGGAGCAGAACAGCAACUCCAACAACACCAGCAGUGAGACACGCUCGCCUCCUAUGGACAAACAAGACGAACCAGAGGAUCUCUCCUCACCCCACCAUGACGACCUGGAGUGUGGGAGCUCAGAGUACCCCACCCUGCCUGUGGCAGACACCUCCUCCUCCACCACGUUGUCGGGCAUAGCAAGGAAGACACGGCGGCUCAGUCCACCAUGGAACUGCUCGACGGUGGUGGAGGGGAACUGUUCGGACAGCGGAGAUUCCUACCAUGGAAACAGCAGCAUGAAGCUCCGCAGCAGCUGCGCCGGCCCCAGAGCCAGGAUUGUCUCCAAGUCGGACUCGAAGAGGCCGAGCAGGUCCCAGAGCCCAGACUCUGUGGGGGAACUGAGCUCAGUGUCUCGACACAGCCGGGAGAGUAACAGUCCUGUCACUUCUUCACCGAACCGAAGAGUGUCGGCGGCGAGCAGCGGGAGCAGCAGACGAGCCCCGACUGACUUGCAAAUUUAAAUUGGACUUAAUUUAAAUGUGCUAAAAGUCCUGAUCCAGUCCUUUCUUUAUAUUUUUCUUCCAGAAGUCCCUAAAAUCUUUAAAGUGUUCUUGUUUAAUUGUUCUCCAGGAUUGUGUUUGGACUUUGGCUGCUUGUUCUGUCAGUUUCAGAGGAAUGUCUUUUUGUUUGUUGAGGUUACUUCUCUCUGAAUAAUCCACCCCUAGAUUUCUGAAUGCAACAGCAGUCUUGAUCAACAGUUCUUCAGGAUUUCUGAAGGUCUUCUAGAGUUUUUCUGUGGAGGUUGAUUUGAUUUCUGACCACCAUCAGAGGAAUAUUUUUAAAGCCUGCAAUUCUGACCUAUAAACAAGACUCUUAAACACAAGGGUUGUUUGGGCUUAGACUUGUUUUUUGAGGAUGUUGCUCCAAUUUGUCAGCUUAGUCUAAAGAAAUCACUCAAAUAUCAAGGUUUAAAAGACAGAAGACAAGAUUUUAGUACCAACUAGGUAAUUCCCAAUAGCUCUUGAUGAAAGCAUUGGCAUACUGUCAAUGAUCAACUGAAGGAUGAUGCUUUCCUCAGUCAGGUCUUUACCAGAUUAGUCCUCUUGUUUGUUUCCUACCUUGGUUUGGUUCAUUUGUGUCGAUGUGAACACAGCAAACAAGACUUUUAAGUUAAGUAAACAAACUACAUAUGUGAAAACACCCUGAGCCUAAAAAAUGUCUGGGUACCAGAACGGGAUUGAAACUAAGGGAUCCAAAACCCAAAGGAGAUCCCUGGAAGACCUUCAGGAAACCACAGUGGAUGAUUAACUAAGAAGUUUUUCAAGAUUAAAGUAAAGUCUUGACUGAAGGUUUCAACAAACACAACUAGUCCUCAACCACUUUAAAAUCGAUCGCUGCACAUCACUGACAGUUUACCGUUUUGAUGGCAGAGGAAAGUUCAGACCACAACCACAGAACUUUCUUUUUGUACCAUUUCCAGGUCAGUUUCAGGCCAACAGAUCGACUUCAGCUGAACACAGACUGACGGACCACAGGGGAAUGGAAAACCAACUCAUUGAUCUGUGAUGUUUCAGGCACCAUCAUUCAAACAGACACUUUCAGUUCAGCGGUCUGGUCUGAAUUUAUCCAAACUUGGUUCAAACACUCAGAAAUAAAAAACAGAAAAGAUGUCUGUUUUUCUCUGGACAAGUUUUCUGUUGCUUUCUUGCAGUCGAUGUGAAGCAGACCGUCUUGUUACAGGGUCUUAGCGCCGUCAGUCACCCUAUGUUUGAUAUUGCUCAUAACUCUCUCCUUCUCCCCCCUUUGCUCUCUGUUACACUGCAGUUAGCAAAGCAUACUGCAAAUGUUAAGGCUAGUUAGCAUAGCCACUGAUGACAUGGGAUAAAUGGUUUUCCUGUAACGCUAAGUUUCCCAGGGUGUCAUUUAUUCUAGGACCGCCUCUGGUUCCAACACUAAGAUCUUGUCUGAUUUUUU